AUCCGGGACCUUUUCAGCUCGUUGGUGUGGAAGCUGAAGGGGAGCGAAGAAAGGCGGACCGAUGACAGCUGUCAGAGGGGACAAAAACACAACCAUUCUCUGAACUUAACCCGAAUGGCUCUGCCCCAAAGCACCGGCAGAUAGAGGACAAAAACCCCGGCAGGAUUACCGGUUUACCCCAAAGUGUCGUAAAGGUGUUUCCAUCCAGCCCUGUCUGUUCUUCCAGCCUUACUCUUUGGUGAAACUUCAGUUGCCGUGCUAAGAUGGGGACUCAAGGCACUGGUAGGAAGCGUGCUCCUGUGAAAGAUCGGUUCUCAGCGGAGGAUGAAGCUCUGAGCAGCAUCGCUCGAGAGGCAGAGGCGAGGCUGGCGGCGAAGCGGGCGGCCCGAGCUGAGGCCAGGGACAUCCGAAUGAGGGAACUGGAACGACAGCAGAAAGAGCUUUCCUACCAUUCAUCCAGCAGCAGCAGUAGCAGAAAAUGGGGUCAGAUCCACCAGUGGAUGGCUGAAACAGAAAAAGCCAGAGCCUCUGUUAGUAGUAGAUCCAGCAACCAUCAUCAUCGGCAGGGGCUGGAGGACGAUGUUUUAUCAGUCCGCAGCUACAGGUCAACGUCAUCAGCCAUACGUGACCUGGGCUCGAGUCGAUCCAGUUCCCGUAGGAAGGACAUCUUGUCUGAAGGCCUCUCCUCUAGCUCCCUGCUGAAGAGUUCCCGUUCCACCAGCUCUGUGUACAAUGACCUGCGUGGCCAUAAAAAGGCUUCCUCCUCCUCUUCCUCCAAGAAAGGGCUGUUGACUGGACUGUACCACGAUCAGAGGAACUACUCCAGCCUCACGAAGACCAAACCACUACCGGCCCUGUCCUCCACUUCCAGCUAUCAGCCCCGGGCCGCCACUUCCUCCUCUUCCUCCACUGUCGGUACAGGGCUGCCCCGCAGCUACAGCACGGCCUCUAUUUACGAUGACGCUGGUCUUUACGGCUCAGGCUACAGUUCAAGAGCUCCAUCUGAAAUCAGCUGGUACUCCUCCGGGGCCAGCUCCACCCGCAGCAGCCCUGUGCACUCCUCCUCAGACGAUGACACCGUCAGCAGCGUUUCCCAGGAGCGCUACCGCAGAGGGCGGAGGGACAGCGCGUCCUCUGACUUCUCGGACAUUAGCGAGUCGGCCGCUGAUUAUUUCAGCCGCUCCAACCGGAGGGGCAGCAUUGUGUCCGACCUCGAUGAGUUGAGCAUUCCAGAUUUGGAUGCUCUGGAUGAAAAAUGUGAAAAGCAGUUUUCAGAUUUUAGUCGGCCGUCUUCCCGCUGCACCACCCCUGGCCUCUCAGCAGCCGCCCUGGCCUCGCUGGGGGGGACGUCGUCACGGCGAGGAAGCACCGACACGGGGAGCGUCUAUGACCCUGACACCAGUCUGAGUGAACUUCGGGAUAUCUAUGAGCUAAAGGACCAGAUUCAGGAUGUAGAGGGGCGGUACAUGCAAGGGCUUAAAGAGCUGAAGGAGUCGCUUACAGAAGUGGAAGAGAAGUACAAGAAAGCCAUGGUGUCGAACGCACAGCUGGACAACGACAAAGGGAACCUGAUCUAUCAGGUGGACACGCUGAAGGACGUCAUCGAGGAGAUGGAGGAACAGAUGGCGGAGAUGAGGAGGGAGCUGGACGAGAAGUCAAAGGACCUAGAGAGACAGAAGCACACGUGUUCAGUCCUGCAGCAUAAACAGGAGGAGCUGAAAGAGGGAAUCCGGCAGAGAGACGAGCUUAUAGAGGAGAGCCAGCGAACGCAGACUAAGUUAGACGGCCUCACCAGAGAGGUGUUUGACCUUCAGGAAACGAUAAACUGGAAGGACAAAAAGAUUGCGGCCCUAGAGAGGCAGAAAGAGUACUUUGAUUGCAUUAGGAAUGAGAGAGAUGAGCUCAGAGAUGAGCUCGCUGACAUCAAGGCGAAGUCCAAAGCAGGAGAGAAACACGGUCUGGUCAUCAUCCCUGAGGGAACGCCUAACGGAGAUGUCAACCAUGAGCCUCCUUCCUCAGGAAUCACUCUGGUCACUCAGGAGGCCGCCCAGGUGCUGGAGUCUGCAGGAGAGGGUCCGCUAGACGUCAGGCUACGGAAGCUGGCAGAGGAGAAGGACGAACUUUUGGCUCAGAUCAGGAAACUAAAGAUCCAGCUGGAGGAGGAGAAACAGAAACACUCAAAGGUCGGAGAUGCGGGGGAUGGAGAGAGUUUGGAGAACGGUACAGAUCUGCACUUUAUUGAGAUGCAGAGAGACGCCAACAGACAGAUUAGCGAAUAUAAGUUCAAGCUUUCUAAGGCGGAACAAGAAAUGGGUACAAUGGAGCAAAAUAUUAGCAGACUUGAAGGUCAAGUGGCGCGGUACAAGGCAGCGUCCGAUAACGCAGAGAAAGUAGAAGACGAGCUCAAAGCGGAGAAGCGGAGACUUCAGAGAGAGCUGCGCACAGCUCAGGAUAAGAUCGAGGAGAUGGAGAUGACCAACAGCCACCUGGUGAAGCGCCUGGAGAAGAUGAAGGCCAACAGGAACGCUCUUCUGUCCCAGCAGUGAGACACGCAGGCGCCACAAAGCCCUUAAACUCGCACCGCAGACCUCUGACUGCCACGCUGCGUCUGAAGCACACUUUGUUUUCAGCUGUAACACUCGGAAAUGUGUAGCUAACCAAAACACUUCAAUCCUGUAGCAGAGGAAACAAGCCGGGACUUAAUUUUUGUUAGGUUAUUUUAUUUUAUUUUUUGGGUAAACAUGGGAUUUAUCUGGCAGGCUGCCGGAUCUCUGGGAGGAACGACUCUGAAACCAAACUAAUAACUAUGAACCAUGGUGGGAGAUGCAGCUGAGCAGAUUCUCUUGUCACUACUUAAUUUUUCCGACCUUUGUACGCGAUGGUGUUAUCCAGGAGACGUUUCCCCCUCUGGCUGGGUGCUUGGCUCUACUUUCUGGACAGGUUGCAUGAACGGGUCUAACGACGCUUUGAAACUAUUAAAUCUACUUGCUGCUCAGAGUCUGCACCUUCCCAGCUUCCCUUCACGCAGUGAAGUGCCUUUUCACAUUAGAUGAUGAUGGGGGGGGUCUGCACCGCGCCGCUCAGCUCAGUGAAACAAUAAUUGUUAGGACAGGUACGGUAUGAUGUAUUUAAAGAAAAAUAAAAAAGGGUGCAGUCAUGGUGUGAAAGUAUAAAGAAAUAACUGUAUCUGCUGCAGUUUCUUUGAAUUUUUUCAAAUAUAUUUAAAGAUUUCUGGAAAAUAAAU